UUGAAACAGAGGAAGUAAUAAAUAAAUGCUUUAAAAGGAGUCAUCUACUUCUUCAAAAGCUCUAAUUUUCCCUUAACAUGUUUGGUAGGAGAAGAUAAGAGAGCUGUGAUUUUUUGGAGGAUAUGUUAAUUAAUUGAAUGCAUAUUCAAAUUGGAAGUCUAAUUUUACCUAUACCAUUUGUGGAAGGAGGAGAUAAGAAAGUUGCUUGGAAGGAUAACUAGUAAGUGGGUGAAAUUUUGGAUUUAUGAUUUGUUCACAGUAGUUUCGAGUUUAAGUUAUAAUGCAUUGAAACUUAUUUUUAAAAGUUUUUGAUGCUUUGAGAUCCUUGGUUUGCUUGCCAUUUCCUAUUCUAUUGCAUUUGCUUUUCUUCUCUAUUGCACUAGGAUUCAAAAAUAUGAUGGGAGCUAAGGAGAUGUUUAGGAAAAGUAAGGUGUUGUUACAGCCCUUAUUGUUUGAGUCUCACUUUUUUCAUUAUUUUUACCAACCUAACAAGUAGUAGAUUAGCAUAACUUAAUUGUUUCUGGAUUAUUAGUUUUCCAUUAUUUUUUUGGAAGAUGUAAUUGUUUCUAAUACCUGAUGUGCUGUUUGCUGUUGGCUUGAUGUAUUUGUUGGUUUAGUUUGAUUCUUCCAAUAUGCUGUUGUAGAAUAAAGUCACGAUAUGAGCAAGCCUCUGGUUUAAUUUUUUCUUGUGAUGUAUUCUAAAAGCUGAUUGCUUGAUUUAGUGAAUUGUUGUCAUGCGAAUGCUUGUCAUUUAAGUAUUUCUUAUAUCGGUGCAUCGGAACCAUAGAUAUGUGGCGCUCCUGAUAUAUGUCAGGUUUGUCAACUUAAAGUAAUUUAAUUUAAGGAGUAUCCGAACAAGUCUGUUGGAACUCUUGUAGAGUUGUAUGAUCUUGUCCUCUCUUUUCGGCAGGUCAAUGAUACAAUCAGGUAGUUGUAAGCAAUUGAAUGUGUUUGAUCAUUCCAUGGUAUAAUUUAUGUCCCAUGGGGCUUUAUGCAGGUAUUUUUUGCAAGUAUUAGCAUUCAGGGAGUUUUGCACUUGACUCUAUGAUUUUAGUUCAAUCUGGUGUUUUGUCUGUAUAGUAAUGUUUUUGUGAUAGUUCUCUAUGUCAUUUCUGCUGCAAUGGAAGUAGCAUAAGGUGUGAUUAAUCUUUGGGGGUUGAGGUGAAGGCCGAGGGAGAAGUCUUUGGAUAUCCUUUCAGAUUAAUGGUUCUUCAUUUUAUUUUAGUACAGCCUCACUUAAAUACAUGCCUUGAGCACUCUCUUUGUGGUAACUUCAUUUACUGUAAAAAACUUGGCUUAUUUUCGGCCAUUUUUGCAGGUAAUGUCGCUGACAGAUAAUAUACAACUGAUACUGGAUGUUAUGAGGUCCUCUACUGUUGUAGAAGUGCAGGGCGAAAAGUUAAGGCGUAGAAAUGACUGGAAUCAUUGGAUCAUACCGCCAUCAGUUCAGAAUUCAACCAUAAGUCCUCAAUCUCCACAAAAAUCUAGUCCUGAUUUUCUUACAGAAAAUCUCCAACGUGUUGCAUUUGAUGAUGAGACUAUAAGACAUGGAAAUGCCGAAGCAUAUCUUAGUAGACCGUCAUCUGCUGAAUUAAGUACUCCAUCUAAGCAGUUUGGCAAUGAGAUGGCUGGAAAAACUGGUGCUCAGCGUGGACAGCCAAUGCCAGUUGGAAAUCCAAGUUAAAGAGUUAACUGUUCUGUGGUGGAGUGAGAGUGAAGCCCAGGGGUUGGCAGUAUUGUGCUUCUUCGAGCUAAUUAAUGAGUUUAGUCUUUACCGUUGCUGAUGGCAAUGACGUCUCAUGAAGGAAAUAGACAGCAAUAAAAGAGAACAGUAUGGGAAAAGAAUUAUAAUGUGUCUUUUAAGCUUGCAGCUUUGAUUUUGUUUGGAUGUGUAUUUUCUUUUGCUGGGGAGAAGUAUUUUCUUCUCCUUUUAUGUAAUGUUGUUCCUCAUCAUGGUUAUUAUACAGGCUUGGGCAAAUUUGAUUCUACCUCCCCAUGCAGCCCCUCAGCUUUAUUUAUUUAACCAAAAUCUUUGGGGCUAAGGUCACUUAUCUCUGAAGGAAAGCUUACUGAAAGGUGAAGUUGCUGGCUUCUGAUUUUUUCUCUUCCUGAAAAGCCGGGAGAUUGGUCUUAUUGGAUGUGCUGCAAUGCUGUGAAGACUCUUCUGCUGUUGCUGGCCACAUGAUUGUCUUUUUACUCUUUCUGCUUGUGUCAAACAUAGAACCAUCGACUCCUUUUUAUAUGUAUACUAGUUAAGAUAAGCCCGGGCUAUCGGGCCCAACAACCAUAGUCAAAAGUGUAAAACCUUUUUUCCUCUCUAUAUAAAUGAAUUAUAUA